AUGCUCCUUGGAAAACGACCCGACUUUCACGCCUACACGGCAGGCUACCUGACGAAACAUAUUACACGGUUCGACCACCUCGCGGCGCAGAGGGCCAACCGGGACAAGUACCCGGUGCCUCUGGCUACAAUCGUCAAUUCCUUCCAAUCGUGGGAGAGCACAGAUGCUAGAGACAUGGUCUUCGCAUUCCUCGACUUGAUCGCCGAGUCCCGAGCGGACCACCUGAGACGUAUUCAAGCAGACUACUCACCCAGUGUGUCCGUGACCGAGGUGUACUUCCGUGCCUGCCAUGCCUACCUCCUCGACCCACGAGCACGUCCUCACCGCGUCCUUGACCCGCUUCGGCAGAUGCUCAGACUUCAAUCAGAGGACAUCUUGUCAGAAAUCAUCAACCUGGUCGAUCUGACCGAUCUGUGGUGCGAGGUCGAGUGGAUCACGGGUAAGUUGCCGGAGGUUGAUACGAAGCUUAAUGAGAGCAAACCGGGGGCCGCAUAUCUGGAGUGCCACCAAGUUGAUUUCGCCCGGUUGGUGAAGAAGCUCGAUGAACUCAAGCGUGAAGCGCCGAACCACUCGGAAAAUCCUUAA